GGGAGGCAGCGAGGCAGGCAGGCGGUCACGUGACGGUGGUGGGCGCCGCCGCCGCUGUUGCUGCUGCUUUGUGAGCACAUUGGGCAGGUCCUUCAGAUGGUCUCGAACCUGUUCUACAGUGGGCAGAUCUUCCUUCUCCCAGUCCCUGUCUUUGCCUUCUGCAACUUGGGUGGUGUGGCCAGAGCCCUUGCCAGUGAAGACUGAGGCAAAGAAGUCAUUGAGUACCUCAACCUUCUCCAUACCUGUCACCGUUUGACUCAGUUUGACAACAAUGCUCUCGAUCCCCUCCCCCUCCCACCCAGAUUUUCUAUUUUGUACAUACAUUGUUUUGUAUAUACUGUAUAUGAUGACUUCGGUGGGCAGUGAACGUAUUCGGGGCACUCGGGACAAAAUGCAAAUUUCAACCACACAGCCAACACAACCACAGAAACAAGUAGUACAGGCAACAGCAGAGCAGAUUCGCCUUGCUCAGAUGAUCUACGAUAAGAACGACGCAGAUUUUGAAGAUAAAGUGAAACAACUUAUGGAAGUGACGGGGAAAAACCAGGAUGAGUGCAUAGUAGCACUACAUGAUUGUAAUGGGGAUGUGAACAGAGCAAUCAACAUACUGCUGGAAGGAAGUUCAGACACGACUUCUUGGGAGACUGUAGGGGGAAAGAAGAAAAGCCUUGGAAAGGAAAGUUCAGAAAACAAAGGGGACAGAGAAGUGAGUCGUGGACGGGGAAGUUCCAACAGACGAGGAAGAGGAGGCAGCCGUGGCCGAGAGUUUAGAGUUGAAGAGAAUGGAGUGGACAACAAUCAAGGAGACAAGCCUUCAGACCGUGGGAAACGUGGACGUGGGAGAGGGUUUGGACGUGGCAGAGGGAGAGGAGCGGGGAGGUUUUCAGCCCAAGGCAUGGGGACAUUUAACCCUGCAGACUAUAUGGAGUCUUCUGCCACUGAUGGCUUUGGGACAAAAUCAGAGAUUUGGGAGACUGGUCAGAAUCAUGCAGAUGAUGGAACUGGAGCAUGGAAAAACUCAGUAGAAGAAUGGACAGCAGAAGACUGGAAUGAAGAUCUUUCUGAAACAAAAGUCUUCAUUGCUUCCUCUGUUCCAGCUGAAAAUCGUGUGACUCCUGGGCAAAGCAUUGAUUUGGUAACAUUGCUUCAAAAGCCUGUGACUUCUACCCAAGAGACAGAAGGUAAUUCAUUUGAGGCUCCUCAGCAGCAGACCUUUGGCCAAGCCCUAGUCUUCACAAAUUCUCAGCACAGCACCCAGAUGGCAUCAGGAACUGGCAGCUCCAGUGCUGCAAGCUCUUAUUCUCCUCAAAGUCUGUCUGCGGCUCUUUGUUCUGGCUUUGGAGAACUUGGAUCCUCUAAAUUGGAAAACUCUACUGGAUCCCAAAUCUUGGACCAAUUGAAAUCUCCAGGUUUGGGUCAGUUUACUUCUCAACAAAACAAUAGUAGCUCUACCACCACUACCACAACUACUACAUCAUCCUGGGAUCUAAAUCUGCCCAUUGCUCAGUCCUCAGUCCUUAGUCAGUUUGACUUUAAAUCCCAGCCUGAGCCAUCCCCAGUUCUGAGCCAGCUGACCCAGCGACAGCAACAACAAACAGAGGCAGUCCCUCUUCCUCCUCCUGGGCUGGAGUCUUUCUCCUCCCAGGUAAAACUCCAUGAGCCAUCACCAGUUGUCACCUCUACAGCUGUUACCAAAAUGUUACAGCUCCCAACUAUAUCUGUGGAUAACCAGACAGCGACUGCCCAUCAAACCCAGCAGAAACAGAUAAAACCACCAAAACGGAGGAUAACUCCAGCAUCCAAGAUUCCUGCCUCUGCAGUGGAGAUGCCUGGAUCAGCAGAUGUGACAGGGUUAAAUGUUCAAUUUGGAGCUCUGGAGUUUGGAUCAGAGCCUGCACUCCCAGAGUUUGGAUCAACUUCAAGCAGUGAGAAUACCAGCCAGGCAACCAACAAUAGCUUGUACUCAAAAUCUGUAAAGUAUGUUGAUCCUUUGAAUACCUCUUUGCCAAUAUCCAAUAAGGUACAGGAGUCCACCUACACAACCUCUGCCAUCACCUCUUCAAGUCUGACCUGCUUAUCUCAGAGCACUAGCCCAGUAACAACUUCUUCCUAUGAUCAGACUUCUGUGCAUAGCAGGAUAGCAUACCAAAGCUCCAUGGCUCCGUCUGAAUCAACCCCUGUUGCAGUUAUGAACGGGCACAGCAGCGUUAGAACACAGGCAACUCUUGACACUACUUCAUCAGUUCCAGCGCCUAAGACAGAGCCUUCUCCUUCACUACCUUCUGCUGGUUCUCUGCCUAGCAUGGUAUCCACCACUGCUUCACUUCUGCCUUCAGCAUCACAGCACCCAGCAACGUUGCCCAGCUUGCCUCAGCCCAGUGAUUUGGCCAGCAGCUCACUUUCUCAGUUAAGCAGCUCCCUUUCCAAUCAUCAGGGCAGCCUCUCCCCUGCCUCAGUGUUGUCUUCAAGCACAUCACAUGCACACACUAGUGUUGAGAACACAACUUCGCUCCAGCCCUCAACAACCUUUUCAACCGUUUCAACCUCAGCCACUAGCACCACCUCUUCCGUUGUCAGCAUGACAAGCAGUAUGAACACUACAAACAGCCUUGGCCUGAGCGUUACCAGUGUGUCUAUACCAGCUGCUACCACACGGGCAACUCCUUUAGUGUCUUCAGGGAAAGCUCCCCCAAACCUGCCCCAAGGUGUACCUCCCUUGUUGCAUAACCAGUAUAUUGUGGGACCUGGAGGACUUCUGCCUGCCUACCCACAGAUAUAUGGUUAUGAUGAUCUCCAGAUGCUUCAAUCCAGGCUGCCAAUGGAUUACUAUGGAAUUACAUUCCCUGCUCCUGCAACCUUGACAGGCAGAGAUGGGAGCCUUGCUAACAACCUGUACUCAGGUGACGUAACAAAAUUUGGCCGUGGAGAUUCUGCCUCUCCUGCUCCUGCUACCACACUCGCCCAGCCACAGCAGAACCAGACACAGACUCAUCAUACAACUCAGCAGCCCUUCCUCAACCCAACUCUGCCCCCAGGAUAUAGCUACACUGGGUUACCUUAUUAUGCUGGUGUGCCCGGUGUACCCAGUGCAUUCCAGUAUGGGCCAACCAUGUUUGUACCUCCAGCAUCUGCUAAACAGCAUGGAGUCAACCUGAACACAGUCUCGACUCCUUUCCAGCAAGCAAGCAGCUACGGGCAGCACGGCUAUGGAGCAGGCUAUGAUGACUUAACGCAGGGGACAGCAGCUGGAGAUUACAGCAAAGGAGGCUACAGUGGGUCAUCUCAAGCACAAAACAAAUCUGCUAGCACUGGACCUGGGAAAGGAGUUUCUGUGACCUCAAGUAACACAGGUGUACCUGAUAUCAGUGGCUCAGUCUAUAACAAGACUCAGACAUUUGACAAGCAGGGAUUCCAUCCUGGCACACCACCUCCUUUCAGCCUGCCCUCUGCUCUUGGAUCGACUGGGCCCCUGAACCCUGGUGCUGCCCCAGGUUACGCUCCAGCCCCAUUUCUCCAUAUCCUGCCUGCACAUCAGCAGCCUCAUUCCCAGAUGCUACAUCACCAUCUUCAGCAAGAUGGACAGCAACUCCCACCGCAGUCCCCUCAGCUGGAACAGUCCCGAGAAAUCCCGGAGCUGCUGCUGGAGGAAGUGGAGAGUGAUGAGGGUCAGGAGAGCUCGAGGUCGGGGGUCGACAAUGAUGGAUGGACGGAGUCCUCCCCGGACGCCGGCCAUGGACGGAAGAGAAGGGAAGGGAAGAAGGAAGGAAGUUGUCUUCUGUGAUCUCUGACCUUCCCCCGAGGCUACGUAGAUAUAUGGAAUGGAAUAUCUCUGGCCCAUUUUGCUGUCUGUCUAACUCAGCCUCCCAUGGGGGGGCCACAGAUCUCCCCGCAGUGUCUGAGCCGGCAGAGCGAAGGCACGGCCUUGAAGGCCCAGCAAUUACAAAAACAUUCCAGUGUCUUAUCAACCUAGCAGAACAUGCAGUUGCUAGUUAAAAGAAAGCCCACUGAAGGAAAAAAAAAGGAAAAAAAAAAUCAGCAAAAGAAAAACUGGCUUAAUCCUGGCUCAAACCAGGACACGUCCAGUUCUGGGCUCCCCAGUAUAAGAGAGAUAUGGAUGUAGUGGAGAGUCCAACAAAGGGCCACAAGGAUGAUGAAGGGACUGGAUCACCUCUCCUAUGAGGAAAGGCUGAGAGAUCUGGGACUGUUCGGUCUGGAGAAAAGGGUACAGGGAAAUCUCAUCAAUGAAUAUACCUGAAGGGAGAGUGUAAGGGGAAUGGAGCCUCAGUGGUGCCCAGUGACAGAACCAGAGGCAAUGGGCAUAGACUGAAACACAGGAGGUUCCCUCUGAACGUCCGGAAUCACUUUUCUUACUGGGAUGGUGUUGCAAGCCAGUAGCCUCUGUGAUGGCAUCGGUUCACGACAGAUGGUGACCAAGCACUGGUACAGGUUGCCCAGGGAAGUUGUGGAGUCUCCAUCAUUGGAACUGUCUGGAUACGGUCCUGGGCAACUGGCUUCAGGUGACCCUGCUUGAGCAGAGGGAUUGGACAAGAUACCUCAAGAUCCCUGUCAGCCUCAACCAGCCUGUGAUUCUGUGAAGAGGCCAUCCUGAUGUGGGGAGUGGAGAGAUGGGCUGUGAGGUGUGAAGCCAAGUCAGGUGCUGCUCUGAUUUCUGAUUUGGUUUCACCAGCCCAUGCAUUUACUUUCCUUACUACAAAUGUUCCCUGAAAAAACAGUGUUCUGCCUUAAGAGUCCAGAAACAGGAAAUGACUUCUCUCUCCAAAUGCGUGACAUGCUUGGCUGGUGCACCACCUUCAUUCACCUUGAGAGCUCCUUUGCUAUCCCCAGUCCUGCUCCUCCUUCCUUGACCGUUUUGGGUGAGAUGUGGUGGGAUGGUGUGUCCCUGUGCUCCUGCUUGAUAUCUCUGUGGCCAUUUGUCCUGGAUUGUGAGAUGCAGAGAUGUUGCAAAGCAGAAACGGAUCUGUUUGGGGGGGAGCAUUGCUGUGUUGGCAGAUGCCAGGGCUGUCCCUGGGGGUGGCAGCUCUUCUGGUGAUGUACGGACAGGCUUGUCGUCCUGGGAGUGCUGGUGCUAUAGGAGCUGAUGCCCAUGUCUCCUUCCUUUCCAACUUCUAGGGUGGAUCUGGCCAACGCAACCAACCCAGCACCAUGCAGCAAAAGUCUCAGACUACCAAAACCACCUAUGGCACUUCUCCAUACUGGACAAA